GCGGCGGCCGCAGUUGUCACCGGUAGCGGCUGGCGUGGUCGGCAGCUCUGUCCCCGGGACCGUCACUGUACAGAGCCCUUCCCUUGGUCCGACCCCUCCGCCAUGACCACUACGGCCACGUUCUCGGGCAUGGACCCCAAUGGCAGGAACAGCUCCAGAGUGCUGCGUCCUCCCGGCGGCGGCUCCAACUUCUCCCUGGGCUUUGAUGAGCCCCAAGAACAGCCCGUGAGGAGGAACAAAAUGGCAUCCAGCAUCUUUGGAACUCCUGAGGAGAACCCACCUUCCUGGGCUAAAGCAGCAGGGGCUAAGCCAGGUGAAACCAGAGACAGCUGUGAAUCCUCCGGACCACAAAGAACAAACUCAACUGAGGCAAACUGUGGAGACUUCGUAGAUCCCAAGGGAGGAGAUGUUGGUGGUGACAUUUUUGCAAACUCCACAUUCACAGGAAGAAUCAAACCCAGCUACUGCUUCUGCAAAUGUCUGUAUUAACCAGCUCUUGACUUCCUGUUGCUUUUUAAAUGCUGAUUUUUGCCAAGGAAGUUGAUCUGCAUACUGCAAAUCUCCUAUAAACAGGCAUUUCCCCUUGAAGUGUUUUUUUCUAGCUCUGAGGCUGGAAAUACCUCCUUUGCAAGAUUCACUUUAGGAAUAUCUGACUUCCUGAUGACAGGAAUUCGUGUGUUGACUGCUGCUUUCUAAGUGCUACUUUCAACACCUUAGAGUGGUGGGACAUCCCUGAGGCCAUUAGCACCUUCAUGUCCUGAAAAGACACUUGCUGGGAGGGGGGAGAGCUUUUCCAGAACAUGUCCACUACCUCUGAGUGGUGUCUGUGCCUAAAAUAAGUGUUGCCUCUCUAGCAGACUGCUUCUAAUCCAACUGUACAGGCUCUAGGAUUUCUUUCCCAUGUCUGUCUGAUCUUGAUUAGCACUGUAGGCAUCUAGUGUUUAUGCCUUGAGUAGGAGGAUGUGGUUUGCUAAUAAAACAAAACUGCUUUAAGGGCUCUGCUGCUUUUCCUGGUGCUUGUUUAAACCAGCUCCCCACAGGGCAGAGGAGAUCCCACAAACAGCAGGGAGGUGAGAAGGACUGAGAUGCCAGGAAGCAGAAAUAGGGCUGCCUGGGAUCAGGACAGCUGGCUGAAAUUCAGAGUGCAAAGUGGUAUUCCUGACUUUUUAAAAAAAGUUCACAUUUUCACAGGUGUUGUAUUUGUCUUUUGGUUUGUUUCUGGCAAGUGAUGGUGAAGGAAGUUCCUACCAAGGGUCAUGUGAAGCUAUGCUGGGAGGUGGUUAAAAAACAAGUGUUAUGGAAGGUAACUGGGAUUGUUUCUUGUUGUGGCCAUGACUGAAAUUAAAUUUUUGAAGGUGACCAAGAUGAAAUAAAAAUGGCAGGCAAAGGUUUGAAUGUUAAACUUUCCCUGAUGGUACUUAGGAAGGAGUAGAAAUUAAUGCCUCCUGGAAAUGGUGUCUGUGACAGAUACCUGAACCUCCUGAUGGAUUGUUAAAUGAAUUCCUACCACUGAUUGCUUUGGGUGUUGUAGCUCAGUGGAGCCCAGUCUCUGAUCUGGCUGUCCCUCCUCUCCUGGAUUUUCCUGCUGUGGGAUGGCAGACCUAGGUUGCUGAACAUCCCACUGGCACACCUGGGACUUUAUACUGGCCUUGUAGGGUUGUCUCUGGGGUUAGGAAAGGAACAAUGAACACACCUCCAAGCAAAACUGUCUGCUGACAAGUUCACAGCACAACCAGAUUCUUAAUAGGUUUCUGUAAAAAAUGUUCAAUCUUUUGAAUGUGGAAAUUAUUUUCUGUAUGUAACUGAUUAUAAAGCCCCAAGUAUGUGUCAGGUGGGAUGUGUAUAUUUAUUAAUCAAGCCUGUCUAGGGUAAAACCACUUAUUUUGCAGCAGGGCUCUUGUUUCCUCUUUAGGAGCUAUAGUUCCUUUCUGGGCAUCAGAAUUCCCAGUGGCUUGCAGUGCGCUCAGCAGGGAGCUGUUUCAGGAAUUAGACCCUUUCUGAGAAAGGAGGAGCUUCAAUAUUUUAUCUGAUCCUGUUGGUUUUAUCACUUCACUCAUAAGGUUGGCAAACUUACCUUGAUUAUGUGGGAAGUGCUAACAUUUAUCAGCUACACAAAGAGCUACAGAAACUUCCCCCAAAGCCUCCUGUGCUGGUAAUUCUUGGUUUUUUUGUGAUUCAGGGGUAGUUGAAGCUGAUGGAAUGUGAGCAGCUAAGGAGAAUCAGGCAGUGCCUGAUGGGUUGUCGGCAGUGCCUGACUGUACAUGACCCACAGGAAGGUGGAGCCUGGAUCCUGCACAGUGCUGGGACUGUCCCCAGACAGGGACAUCCAGCACUUGCUGAGUCAGCAGACUGGGACACAGUAGCUAAAGGAGCUUCAGGCUUAAAAUGUGGUGUUAACCCAGCACAGCUGUAACAAACAGUUAAUGAGCACAGCAGAGAAUCUCUAGUGGAGAUUAUUCCUGAUUGCAUGGGGACUGUGCUCAGAUGCUGGAGUUCUUUGAGAUUAUUAUAAGCAUGGAUGUAGGGGGAGUUUAGUGGGCAAAAGUUGGGUUUUGGUGUUUCUGAUAACAUUCUGCAUUGAAGAAAAUAAACUGAGUUGACACAGGAUGUGAGGAAAGCUGCUGCUGGGAGUAGCAAGAAUAGGAGGCAAAGGGUAGGACUUAGUAAUUACCUUUCAGGUUGGAAAAAUGAGCUAUGGGAGAUGAUGCUGGAGGUGGUUUUAUUCAGCGCCUUUAUCUGUGACCUGGAAAAGGUAAUGAACAGUGAAGUCUCCAGUUUUGUUGGUGAUAUUACCUGUUUCAUGUAGUCAAAUUGUGCUGAUGGUGGGAAAAUCUCACUGCCAGAAGGACUCAGCUAAAUGAGGCAGGCAGGUAUAAAGGCAGGAUAAUCCCUGUGUAAGCAAGUGUAAAGUAAUGAAUCUGGUGGGAGGAACCCCCAAAAACUAAACCAUGGCAGCCUUGUGUUCAGCUUUGUGCUCUGGUGCUCCUAGGAUUUGCCUUGAGUCCUUCCCCUUGAAACUCUUUGAGGUGUUCGGAGGUGCCAGCAGAAUACUGAAUGUUAUCAGGGAGAGGAUGGAAAAUUACAUACUUUUUCCUGUAAACAAUGGUAAUACCCCCAUAUCUUGAAUUGUGUACAGUCUUUGACACAUGAAGAGCAGGGGGUUGUAGUGGAAGUCACAGGGAAGGUGAAGGGGAAGAUGAAGGGAUGCAGUGGCUGCUCCAUGAGGGGAGAUUGGAAUAGUUGUGCCUGUUCAGUUUGAAGAGAAGGCUGGGGGGAGGAAAAUUCAUCAAGAUCUGCUAAUCAUGAAGCUUAAGCUGAAUGUGCAGCAGUCCUUUCAAUUCUGCCAACCCAGAAUUAGUGAUCUUGAGAGGAAACAAAGGGGUCUGUUGAAAACAGGUGAGGUUCAUCUUCAUCCCCAACAUCAGGGUCUGCUUGGUGCUGAUUUGGGCCUUUGGCCCAGAACUGGUCAUGCUAAUCUGUAAAAAUGUGAAAUGCUGAUGUACUUGCUGUACUCAGUUGUCAACAAUGCAACAUUAGUUGUUUGCUCCAGUAUCUAAAGUGCUUCCUGUGAAGAAUUCCUUCUGUGCCCUGUCUUUACUUGUGGUUUGCUCAGAAGGAUUUAAGAUAAACUAUCAUGUGCUCUCCAGGGAGUGUACAAUCAGAGCCUUCCCAUGCAUGGCUGUUCCCUGGUGUGUCCUGUGUGAAGCCUCAGAAGUGUGUCAGAUCCUUUUCCCUCCAGUUAGGAAAUUGGGGAUGCAGUUUGAGCUCUUGCUGGUGUUGCUGUGGCUCCCAGCACCUGCUCAGACCUGAGUGGCAAUGCCACAGUCACAACACUGACUGAUUAUAUGUAGAAGGCUUAAGCCUUAAGGUGCUGUCAUUAAAAAAAAUGAAUUGCUGGUGUCACCUAAUAGCAGCUGGCUGAAUGUGGCUCUUGCUGUAGGCCAGAGACUGAGCUGUGAGGCCUCACAUUUGAUCUGAGAAACACUUCUGAGGGCUGAGUCUGCCCUGCCAGUGGGUGACAGCAUUGCAGUGUCUGUACCCCUGGACAAAACUGACAGGAGCUGAGCUUCCGUCUGAGCCAGCCAAACAUCUGGCUCUCAUCAUCCACAUCAAAACACUUUAAAAGUUUCUUUUC